GUAAGACUUGUAGCACAGACGAGGUUGGUUCGCGCAACAGUCGUGCUUGAGCUUUCCACUGAACAUGUUACGUAGUAAACAAACGCUGUGAUAGAAAAAUACUUGAGAAUAAAAUUUUGUGAAAAAAACUAAAGUGCUUAAAAAAGUCUGGAUUGGAUUUUAAUAUAAUGUUUUGGUGAUAAAAGUGAUAGGAACUUACAUAAAAAAGUGACAUGAAAAUUGUUUGUAGAACUGUGAACUAAGACUAAUUUAAAAUGAAGUGGCCGCAAAUAUUUAGUUUGGUGCUUCUGGCCAGUAUCCUCGCCGCCACCAGGUUCGACGGUCCUGAACAAUGUUCUUGGCUGCCGGAUAACAAUGAUUCGUCUUCCUCCAAGCUUGCGGUCACUUGCAAAGUGCGCACUUUGGAGGAGUCGGGUGCCAACAUAAGCUCUCUCCCGGCCGAAAUUACUUCAAGACUACGGAUUUUGUGCAACGAAAUGCUGUUCCACCAGAGCAAUCUUCCAAGUCAGGGCGGUUUACACCGUCUUCACGAACUCGAAGAACUGCAAAUUAAAUAUUGUAAAAUUCUUCACAUUGAACCGCGCUCAUUCGAAGGACUGUACAAUCUGAAGAAACUAACUUUACACACACACAACUUUGAAUGGGCAUCCACCAAGAGUUUGGAGUUGUCAAGUUUAAGUUUACAAGGUCUAAAGGAGUUGCAAGUUUUGGACUUGGCCGACAACAAUAUCCGCGCCUUACCCGACGGCGUUUUCUGUUCGCUCGAGAACCUGCAAACUUUGAAUUUAACAAAAAAUCGUAUACGAAGUUCUGAAAGAAUUGGAUUUAACGUACAAGAAUGCAGUAACAGCGAGUUGCAAAAUUUGGAUUUAUCUUAUAACGAUCUGCGCUCGUUGUCCGAAAAUUCAGGAUUUUCUCGUCUUCGCCGUUUACAACAGCUCAACUUGACUUACAACAAUAUAAGUGAAAUUUCCGGAGAAGCUCUCGCUGGACUAGUUUCUCUUAAAGUUUUAAAUAUGGCCAACAACAAAAUAGGAACAUUGCCUCAAGGAUUAUUCGCUGGAUCUCCCGAAUUGAAAGAAAUUCAUUUGCAAAAUAAUACGCUGUUCUCGUUAGCUAAAGGCCUUUUCCAUCGAUUAGAACAACUUUUAGUGUUGGAUUUGUCUGGUAACCAGUUGACCAGCAAUCACAUCGAUGCCGGAACUUUCACUGGAUUAAUCAGGCUAAUAAUUUUGAACUUGUCACACAACGCUCUUACAAGUAUUGACGGGCGCACAUUCAAAGACUUGUAUUUCUUGCAAAUCCUCGACUUGAGAAAUAAUUCGAUUGGAUUUAUCGAAGACAAUGCGUUUUUGCCACUUUACAAUCUUCACACCCUCAACUUGGCAGAAAAUCGUUUAAAUACGAUCGGGCCGCAAUUAUUUAAUGGACUUUACGUGUUAAGUAAAUUAACAUUAAAUAACAAUUUAAUUGUAAAUAUUGACACCCGUGCAUUUCAAAACUGCUCCGCUUUGAAAGAAUUAGAUUUAAGUUCCAACGCCUUGGUUGAAGUUCCAGAUGCCGUGCAAGAACUGUCUUUCUUGAAAACCCUUGACUUGGGUGAAAAUCAAAUAAGUGAAUUUAAGAAUGGUUCGUUUAGAAAUUUAAACCAAUUGACCGGAUUGAGGAUGAUAGACAAUAAUAUAGGAAAUAUCACGCGUGGCAUGUUGUGGGACUUACCUAGUUUGCAAGUUCUUAAUCUUGCUAAAAAUAAAAUUCAAAGUAUUGAACGCGGAUCGUUUGAAAGAAACACGCAAAUUGAAGCAAUUCGUUUAGACGAAAAUUUCCUGACAGACAUUAACGGUGUUUUUGCAACUUUGGCAACUUUACUGUGGCUGAAUUUAUCAGAAAAUCAUUUGGUUUGGUUCGAUUAUGCAUUUAUUCCGAACAAUUUAAAGUGGUUGGACAUUCACGGUAAUUUUAUCGAACAUUUGGGCAAUUACUACAAGAUUCAAGACGAAAUUCGCGUUAAGACUUUAGAUGCUAGUCACAAUAGAAUUACUGAAAUUUCCCCUAUGGCUAUACCAAACAGUGUCGAGUUAGUAUUUAUAAAUAAUAACUUUAUAAAAACAGUGCACCCGAAUACGUUCCUAGAUAAAGCUAGUCUCGCGCGCGUAGAUAUGUACGCCAAUGAUAUGGUGAACUUGGACUUAAACGCGUUGCGGAUCUCUCCCGUUCCCUCAAACCGGUCGCUGCCUGAAGUCUAUCUGGGUGGCAACCCCUUCAACUGUGACUGCACAAUGGAGUGGCUGCAGCUCAUCAAUAACAUGUCCGCAUCCCGUCAAUAUCCCAAAGUUAUGGAUCUGGAUAACGUGAUGUGUAAAAUGACACAUUCCCGAGGUAUGUCGCAUAUGCCCCUCAGCCAAGCUAAGCCCAGCGAUUUCCUAUGCACUUAUCAAACCCAUUGCUUUGCCCUUUGUCAUUGCUGCGAAUUCGAUGCUUGCGACUGCGAAAUGACCUGUCCGACAAAUUGUACGUGUUACCACGAUCAAUUGUGGAAUACAAACGUCGUCGAUUGCUCCGGACAAAAUGCCAAGGAAAUUCCGCAAAAAAUCCCGAUGGACACCUCGGAAUUAUACCUAGAUGGAAAUAAUAUUAAAGAGCUACAAAAUCAUGUAUUUAUUGGCCGUAAAAAUAUGAGAGUAUUGUACGUCAAUAAUAGCGCCGUCGAAACAAUUCAAAAUAGCACGUUUAACGGAUUGAAUGCGCUUCAAACUCUGCAUAUGGAAGAAAAUAAAAUUUACGAGUUGCACGGAUACGAAUUCGAACACUUAUCGAAUUUAAAAGAAUUGUAUCUACAAAAUAACGUAAUAAAACAUAUUGGAAACAACACCCUAGAACCGCUUAUUUCUUUGGAAAUUCUACAUCUCGUAGGAAAUAAACUGGUUACAUUCCCAGUGUGGCAACUAACAAUAAAUACUAGGCUAUCUGAAGUAACUCUGGGCAAUAAUCCAUGGUCGUGCCGCUGCAAGUUCCUCCAAGGGUUGACUGCAUGGGUUGCUGAUAACGCUGCUAAAGUACUCGACAGUGCCGAUAUGAUGUGUUAUAACACCGACUCGAGGCCCCCGCAGCGCCGUGAACUGGACUUCAACAGCACCGCGUGCAGUGACUUCUACGCCGGAAGCUCCGUAAUCGAUAGUAUGCUUGUGUCUGACUACUGGCCGAUGGUUGUUGUGACUCUAUGCGUAGUGAUAUGCUUAUUGCUAUUUGUUGUUCUUUGGUUCAUAUUUAGAGACUCAGUUCGUGUGUGGCUUUAUUCGCGAUACGGAAUAAGACUGUGCAGUUUUGGAGCUACGGCCGCGAAACAGUUCGAAGACAGAGACAAACUUUAUGACGGUUUCGUGUGUUAUAGUCCGAAAGACGAAGAGUGGGUUAUACAGGACUUGGCCGCGGAUUUGGAACCGAAAUUCCAAUUGUGUUUGCAAUACAGAGACCUUCCGCAUACCCCGUAUAUUCAGCAUGCCGCCCCAGCCGUCUUAGAAGCUGCAGAAGCAAGUCGCCGAGUGAUAUUAGUUUUAACGCGAAACUUUCUACAGACUGAGUGGGCGCGAUUUGAACUUCGGCAGGCUCUACACGAGGCUCUCAAGGGCCGAGUCUUUAAGCUUGUAAUCCUCGAAGAAGGCCCGCUUCCAGAAGCCGAAAUGGAUCCAGACUUCCGAGUCUACCUAAAAACCGCCGAAAGAAUUCGAUGGGGAGAAAAACGGUUCUGGGAGAAACUAAAGUAUUCCAUGCCCUCCGUCGAACCCCGUGGCAAAAUUAACGCCAACUAUAGGCGUAACAUCAACAACUACACAAUUGACUCGAGGGUGGUCGCCAACGGAGCCGGUCACACGCAUCAUACCUAUCCCGAAAAAAUCAGGGUUCAAGGUCCGCCUUCUCCGGGUAUGCAGAUGUUGCCGCCUCCAGCGUAUUCAGCCGGCAUGCCCCAGGAGCUGGACGAUGCCAACUACUCGUCGGCGACGACGGCCACUCCAUCCCCCAGGCCAUCGAGAAGACAACAGCAUCAUCACGAGCCGAGGCCGAUCUCCGACCACAUCUAUUCCAGCAUCGACUCGGAUUACAGCACCCUGGAGCGCGGCGGCUCUGGGAGACGUGGACCUCCAUGGAGGCCCCACAUCGUGAUGCAGACUGCAGGCGUCAACCACGCCGGACAGGCCUAUCUUGUGUGAUAACUUUAUUGACUGACUAGAUAUAACUAAAGACUUAACCAUUUAAUAUUUUAAAGGUCUCUCUAAUUUGAGUUCUCCUGUUGAUGUAUAAAUAUUCACGCAAUUUUUAAUUUUCAUUUCCACAUUAUAAUACUUCUAUUAUGACUACAAUAGCUUUUAAAUAUGAUACACGAUUUUAUAUGAAAUUAUGGAUGUCUAUAAUUUAUCAAAGAAAUGUUUAAUCCUAAAGAGUGGCAUAUUAGACUCCUGUAUCUGUAUUAGAUGGAAUUAAAAAAAUAUUUAUUUAUUUUGUUUAUGUAUAUUGUUAUAGUAAAUUGAUUGGUGAACUUAAAUAAGACAUACCCUAAGUCGAAAUGUGUAAUUAUUAUUAUUAACUAUUAUUGUAUUAUUUU